UCACACGAUGAACCCGCAGAAGCAGACUCGUUUGGUCUCCGGUCCGCAGCCCAGGGCGCAAAACACAUGCCGGGUACUCAAAAUGAAGCGGGGGAAACAUUCGUUCUAAACAUGUAUCGGUUAGUAUCCCAUGGCUACGCGAUCGAUGCAACACUCUAAGAGCUUCGCAGACAAGCACCAUUAGACCACCCGGGCCCGGUUCAACGCUCCCUGCACUUCCCCAAACACUUCACAUUCGGCACCUCUCCAUACAAUCCGUUCUAUGUAAUUUAUGCGAUGGGUGAGACCACAAAAUGAAACCGUCAGUGAGCUCACACUCCUACGCCGAGAUCCCAUGACAGGCGUGGAUUUAAGUGUAAUAACUCUUGGUCUGGAACCACCAUCCCGCCGAAUCUCUCCGGCGGGUGACGGCCUUAUCGCGCUGAUAUAUCCGAAAGAAGCAGUACUUUCUGCAAUGUCCUCAAGUACCCCUCUCGCUGGAUGUGGCAAUACCGGUGUGCUGGUCGUGGGCACACAAUCAAAAACGCAAGAGGCCCGUACCAAAGAAACUAUACAAAAGGCAUAUGCAACCGAAUAUUGCCGGCUAUCGUGGAACGCCCGACGCCGACGGUAUUGCCCUUACCACCCCGGUGUGGUGGAAGGUGGAAGGUGGAGACGCAUAUCUGGUCGAGAUCACCGGAGAAGUUGGCUUCGACCAUCUUGGCGCCGGGGGAAGCAUCAAACUUAUCAACGUGGACACGGGCGAGGCGAUGGUGGAAUUGGACUUUGCUCGUGGCCUGCUGUUUGUGGACACACGGGCUACUGGGAAAAUUCCAAACGAUCACAUCGUUGAUGUGGCGGUUUGUGCAGUGCUGACUGUUGCAACUGUUGAGGGGCGGCGUAUGCGGAUCGUCCGCCGCAGUCAGAGCAGUACCUCAACCGUGAGCGGGCUGGGUAUAUG